CGAUUUACUUUUCGCAACGGCAGCCAUCUUGGUUCUUCGAAUUAAGUUUUAUUUUUCACUCGCAUUAUCCACUGUUAUCCAUGGCCGGGGGAACAUUACAGAAAGCUAUUGAAAUAGUUACGAAAGCAACGGAGGAAGACAAAGCAGGGAAUUAUGAAGAAGCCUUAAGACUCUAUGAACAUGGCGUUGAAUAUUUCCUUCAUGCUAUAAAAUAUGAAGCCCAAGGUGAAAAGUCCAAAGAGAGCAUUCGUGCAAAGUGUAUUCAGUACUUAGACAGAGCAGAAAAACUGAAACAAUAUGUCAGGGGCAAGGAUAAAAAGAAACCUGUGGCUACUGGAAGUGGGUCAGGCAAUAAAAGCAACAAAUCGGGCAAYGAUAGCAGUGGUGAUGAAGAUGAUAAUGUAGAAAACAAGAAGCUAAAAGGACAACUUAGCAGUGCCAUCGUGGUGGAAAAACCAAAUGUCCAGUGGUUGGACGUUGCUGGUUUGGAAUCAGCUAAAGAAGCAUUAAAAGAAGCUGUCAUUCUACCCAUCAAAUUUCCUCACCUUUUUACAGGAAAAAGAAAACCUUGGAGGGGAAUCCUUCUCUAUGGACCUCCAGGUACUGGUAAGUCAUACCUCGCAAAAGCCGUGGCAACAGAAGCUAACAACUCAACAUUCAUCUCGGUGUCAUCGUCAGAUCUUGUGUCAAAAUGGUUAGGAGAGAGCGAAAGACUUGUCAAGCAGUUAUUUGAAAUAGCACGUGACAGCAAGCCAUCAAUCAUUUUUAUUGAUGAAGUGGAUUCUCUGUGUGGAUCAAGAAGUGAUAAUGAAAGUGAAUCAGCCAGGAGAAUAAAAACUGAAUUUCUGGUACAAAUGGAGGGUGUUGGUGCUGAUAAUGUUGGAAUUCUGGUAUUGGGAGCUACUAACAUUCCAUGGUCGUUAGAUGAUGCUAUAAGAAGAAGAUUUGAAAAGCGUAUCUACAUCCCUCUCCCAGAGCAAGCAGCAAGAACUAGAAUGUUUGAGCUUCAUUUAGGUCCCACAAAGACAAGUCUAACACCUAAUGACCUUAAGGAGCUAGGAAAGAAAACAGAUGGUUAUUCUGGUGCUGAUAUCAGUAUUGUGGUACGUGACGCACUCAUGCAACCUGUCCGAAAAGUACAACAAGCAACUCAUUUCAAAAGGGUACGCGGGGCAAGUCCUUUGGAUCCUAAUGUCAUUGAAGAUGAUCUUCUUACUCCAUGUUCACCAGGUGACCCCAAUGCAGUAGAAAUGAACUGGAUGGAUGUUCCUGGUGAAAAACUCUUGGAACCCCCAAUAAACAUGGCAGAUAUGUUAAGGUCUCUAGCCACUACAAGACCUACAGUCAAURAACAAGGUGUCAAAAAAUUUGAGAAAUUCACUCAAGAUUUUGGACAAGAAGGAUAAACAAAGGAAAAUAGAUGAAAACAAUGAUACAGUAUAAAUUUGUUAAAUCUACAUUUCACCUUUCUUGGAAGUAUUUCAGAGUAGAUCAAGUCUACUCAAUAAUAACUUUUUCAUUUGAUUCACCCAUAAGUUUCAUCAUGUUCCAAGAAUGUCCUGGUUUACCAGUUUAUGUAAAGCUUAUCUAGUUGUACUAAGAUUAUUAUUUUCUUUCUCCCGAUUGGUUAAUCAAAUUACAAUCAAGCAGUCAAAUACAUUUCUUGCUUCUGAUUGGUUUAUCAAAUGUCGAAUUGACCAAUCAGAAACAAGGAAACUUAACUUAAUUAGAAGAGAUUUCAUUUGACUUUUUCCUUAAGAAUAUUGAACUCCGUAUAAAAUACCCCUAGACUAUGAAUGAUGGAAAAAGGUAAUUGAGUGACUGUCUGAGGAAUGAGUGUCAAAAAUUAGAAACAAAUCUAAGAUAGUACAUGUCCAACACUUACUUCCUUAUCAUUAGUACUGGGAUUAUUAAAAAAAAAUCCUAUUGCAUUUUCAUUUGUCAAAUGAAAUCACAGGUCACCUAAACCUAUUAUGAUUUUGAUAUCCUAGCCUAACAGCCAAGGCUCCCAGCAAAGACUCAAAUCUUUCUAUAGAGUGGUUUCACAGCAACUACUGUACUAUGUCGUGAUGCAAAACAAAUGUUUUCAGCUUCUUUUGGAAGUGAAAUCUUUCUCAAUUCAAAAACAGUGUGUUGUUUCUGUCCUACAAAAAGGCUGCCAUAAAAAUCGUCAGUACAGAUAGUUACCCUUUCCCCUAUUCACAAGGAUGGGUGGGAAUCCUGACUAACAGGAUAUCAUAUUGAUAUAUCUACAAGACAGUACCAUCUGGAUUUGCUAAUUUCCAUCAUUGAAAUAGAAUUGAUGUCUUAUGAUAGCAACCUACCGAUAGCAUCCACAGAAAAUGUUCAUCAUUAUUUACAUCCCAUUGGCCAGGAUACAACACCAUUAUUGACCACAACACAGCACAAUGCUUCCACACCGUUAGUUUUGCACAGCAUGAUUAAAUAUAAUGGCUGCUCAACAGAUAAUGCCAAGCUAAAAAAUUAGCACUUGUCCAGCCACACCUCUCAGGCUAAUGACUGGACACAUUGACAGGUCACAUGCUGAUCACUCCAAUGUCAUCAGCCAUUCUAGCCCCACACAGUUCACAAAAUAUGUUUCUGAUGUAGGAAAUUAGGAUUUAGCCUCCUACGCAGACAUUCCGCUAGUAUCUGUCACUCAAGGUUUAGGGAAACAUUGCGUGACAGACACUAUAAACGUCUGCAUAGGAGGCUAAUUAGGAUCCUAGGAAACUAUUGGAGCUCAGCACUCAAACCGUAGCUACGUUUAAACCUUUGAUGAAAUACUAAAAUAUAUUAAUAAAUAUUUGCAUUUAUGAAAUAUUUGAGAUAUAAUUAUGUGUGAGCUGAUUGGUCGGCUACCAUGUUUAUAUCAGUUAACAAAGACACGUGCAAAAUCGUUAAAAAUUAUUUUAUAAAAGCAAUAUAAAAUGGCUCUUAUGUGUCUGUACUGUGAUAUAAAUACUCUGGGAGCUGUAGAGCACUUGAGAAACAAGAGAAACACUUGGCUACGCCUUGUGUUCCUAAGCCUGCUUCUCUCUUGCUCUAAGGCCACCAGAGUGUUUAUAUCACACUUCAGUGACAUGUGCAUCCAUUUAAUAUUCCUUGAAUAAAAAUCAGGUCUUCCGUUUGCUGGAUUUUGUUUUUAUAUUGAUAAUUGAUUUUAAAACAAGCACACAUUAAUGAUUAUCAAUAAACCUACUAGUUUAAAUAAUUAUAUAUAUUUUGAGGUGGCAGUUACUGUAGAGUUCUAAGCUCUUGUACAUGCAAAUAUUCUGUGAGAUUAAGAAAGAUAAUCGACUGUAAAAUUAAUCUCCAAUCCCAUUAGUAUAAAAUAUUAGCAAGGCGUUUUGAGUAUUAGAACUGUGUAAAUAAACUUUGAUUUAUUUCAUAAA